UCCACGUCUCAAAAGAUCUUCUGCUCGAGAACCCCUUUCCAACUCAAUUGACAGCAACGAACGAUUGAAUGAGGAAGACAACCCACAACAAAAAACACCCAGCCAGAACAGCUCUUCUUAGCUUCAGCAACAGGACCAACAACCAUGGGCGAGACCUGGAGUGAAUGGUACGAACGCAACCGCAUGAAACGUGGUGGCGAAUCUAUCGGCCCCGACUGGCCAGCCGUCAAGGCCAAUUUGAUGACGGUCGCGAUGGGAUGGGUUGUGCUUCGCUUCUUGACACCCAAUAUUGAAGACUGCGCCGAAUUCCACUGGAGCUGGAUGACACCAGUCUUUGUCCGCACAUUCACUAUUGGAUUUGUGAUUUACGAAGGCGUCCAUCAGAUGAUGUAUGUCCGCCAAAAGGGACAGUUUACCAAAUUCAACAGACGCUGGCCACCGGAAUCGCAACACAUUCGAGAUCGCAAGUACACCUGCAUGUCGUUCCUGAUCAACGCAGCCAUGGAAUGCUACUUGCUGCAAGCCUGGGCAUCGGGUCGCGUGUCCUAUUACAACAAUUUCAUGGAUCAUCCUGGAAAGACAAUUCUCAUGUUUACGGCCUAUCCAUUUUGGCGGGAUAUUCACUUCUUCUUGUACCAUUAUCCCAUGCAUAUUGAACCCUUCUACAAAUGGAUUCAUGCUCAUCAUCACAGAAGCUGGAAUACGGGGCCCUGGAGCGGUUUGUCCAUGACUCCAAUGGAAAGUUCCAUCACAUUCACCGGUCCGUCUAUCCCCUGCUUGAUCACGGCCGCCCAUCCAUUGCUAUUCUAUUAUUCCAACAUGUUGGCGUUUGUGAACCCUGUCUAUGGCCAUCACGGACACGAAGAAUUUGCUGGAUCCUAUUUUCAUUAUUUGCACCAUUCGAGGGUGACCUGCAACUAUGGAAUGACAUUUACGCCUGUGGAUCUCUUGACAGGGACGUGGUGUUCGGGCACCAACGAGGAUGCAUAUCUGGCCAAAGUAGAGAAGGAACGGCCCGAAGGAUGGACACCCAAUGGAGACCACACAUGGGGAACCAUGAAUGCAGAUUAAAACCAACUUCUUUGCGCGGGAACCAGGAAAUCAGUCUGCAAAUUUGCUCCAAUAUUGCAUGGAAAUGCCUGAGGUGCUUGUUUGGUCCUCGUUAAUCAAUUAUGCCCACUGGAUCGUCAUUGAGUACUUUCUGCAUAGCAGCUUGCAUACCCGUCUGAAUUUGAUCGUACGCUUUCACCUCUGCGGCCAAAGUCCGUAUGGAAGCUUCCAGGGUAGCAUGGUAAGGAACCACGAAGUCCCCGUCAAACAUAUCCGAAUCCUCGUGGCAACCAAUCCGGCGGGGACCCCUGUGUCUAUACCGGUAUCCGACGAAACGUGCUGGAUGCAGGAUAAAGAAAGCCUCGACCGGACCUUUCCCAAAGUCAAUGAGCUCUAGACCCUCUUCGUUUUCCUUCGCCCAAUGUCUUGUACCAAGUUCGGCUCCUCUGAACCAAAUCCCCAAUCUGAAUCGCUCCAACACUCGAACCUUCUUGUCCAGGUUGGCACAGUAGACCUUGGCAACCCCAGCCAAAUCUUGAAGCCUGCUUGCCUGGGUCCCAUCCCAAGGGAUAUAAUAAUGCACUUCGCGGCGCCCCCAGUCGCAGCAUUGGAGAAUCAAUACCAUGGACUUGUUAGGAACAAGGACGAAGUACCAAGGUGUUCC